ACCAGUCUACAGUUACCACAGUUAAACCAGGGGAACUAUCGGAAACACUGCAGAAUCAGAAGAGAAAAUAGACAUUUUUCUAUAUUUGAUCCUGUGACUGCAGUGUCACUGCGAGCAUUGUGUUUGAUUCCUAAAGCGUAAAGAAAAAAAAGGAAUUUUAGUUAGUAACGGAAUCUUUAAAAAAAUAUAUAAUUCCUCCGAAGAAAGGACAUUUUACCUGGAAAAAGGGGGAGAUCAGGAGGCAUUCAAAAACAUAAGUAGUAUUUUGAAAAUUAAUUUAGGACAGUUUUGUUAAGACACACCAUGUCAUGUCUUGUUUCACUCUGUGUUUCACUUUGGCUGGUUGCGCUUGCCGCCAGGACAAGUGCAUCAUCAGAUGAAGACAUCAACGUGUUGGUGGUGCUGCCUGAGAACAACUCCUAUGCCUUCUCCAUCUCAAGAGUUAAACCCGCCAUAGAGUACGCAAAACAGGGUAUUAAAUCCAGAGGAGGGCAGUUCUCCCAACUCAACUUUAACACUAAGUAUGUGAAUUCAGAGUGCGGCAACAAUGCGCUCUUCGCGUUAGUAGACGAGGCGUGCGAUGCGAGGCCGGACCUGAUCUUGGGUCCCGUGUGCGAGUAUGCGGCCGCUGGGGUGUCUAGGGUGGCAUCACAUUGGAACAUCCCGAUGAUCUCAGCAGGUGCCCUGGCCGUCGCCUUCGACAAUAAAAAGCCAGAGUACAUGCAUCUGACUCGAAUAGCCCCAAGUUACACGAAGAUGUCCGAAACGUUUUCUUCUCUGUUUGAACAUUUCGAAUGGAAGAACGCGAUGCUUAUCUUUGACGAUGACAAAGAGGAGAGGAACUGUUACUUUACGAUGGAGGGGGUCUACAAAAUUCUUUCGGCGGAGAGUUACACCAUUGACUAUCACCAUAUACACUCAAAGGAGGAGAGACUCUAUGCUGAUGAAAUCGUCAAAGCCAUACACAGCGAAGUUGUCGUGAUUUGUGCAAAUGGUGACAUUGUGCGGGAAAUCAUGUUAGCAGCCCACCGACGGAGACUGACCAAUGGCAGUUACAUUUUCUUCAACAUUGACCUCUUCAACUCAACUGCAUAUGGAAAUGGCUCGUGGAGGAGAGGCGACAAAUAUGACAAUGAAGCCCGGGCAGCUUACAGAGUCCUGAACACAGUCACUUUGCUGAGGACUGUCAAGCCCGAAUUUGAGAACUUCACCAUUGAGCUGAAGAAGUCGGUCCAAAAGCAAGGGAUUCACGACUGUAAAGACUGCGAUAAUGUCAAUAUGUUCAUGGAGGGCUUCCAUGAUGCUCUGCUGCUUUAUGCCAUUGCACUGCACGAGGCCAAGAAGAGUGGCUACAGCAAGAAAGAUGGUGGCCAGAUCACACACCACAUGUGGAACAGAACAUUUGAAGGCAUUACUGGCCAGGUGUCUAUAGACUUCAAUGGUGACAGAGAAGGAGAUUUCUCAGUCAUGUCAAUGACUGAUUAUGAAGCAGGAACCUAUGAGACCGUGUUGAACUACUAUGGGAUCGACAGAAGCUUCCAUCCACUACUGCCCGCCAGUGACAAGUUCCACUUGCAUGAAAAGCACCGGACUGUUACCACCCAGACAGACACCGUUCAUGCCGACAUGUCAUCAUCAGGUGGACUAGGGGUAUCGGCAGUAACUGGUAUCAUAGUCGGCGCACUUCUUGGCACAGCCUUACUGAUGGCAUUCUAUUUCUUCAGGAAGAAUUACAGGAUAACCAUCGAGCGACGGACGCAACGUGAGGAGUGCAAUGCUGGAAAGCACCGGCAGCUUCGAGAGGAUUCCAUCAGGUCAAACUUCUCUACGGCGUAGAGCGACAUCUCACUCACCCCCCUCCUCCAAAUCCUUUCACCUCCACUACCCAAACCCCCCCCCCCCAAGCACUCCCAUCACCUUGCCUCCCAUUGCCACAGCGCCCAUCUCUGACUCCAGGAAAGUGUGUCUUAGAACGUGACCAAAGACUCAGUGAGAAAGCUGUCAAAAGGAGUCAUGCUAUUUAAAGACAUGCUUCAAAUGUUGUUGAUAUUAUCUCAUGUUUCUUUUCUUGAGUGCAUGCGUGUGUUUGUGACAGAGAGAAUGAGUGUGUGUAAGUGGUGUUUUUUUGUUUGUUUUGUUUUUACUUUCGUAAACUCAGGAAAGUUGUCUUAAUCAAAGAGUGCCAUUUGAAAGGUAUCUCAUCUCUAUUGAAAAAGAAAAAAAAAUAGUGGAGACAUCACCACCCCUGCUAGAUUGUUCUGAAUCUCAGGAGUACCUGUUUUCGCUUCAGUUGUGUAUUAAUCUGGUGCACUAACACAGCAGAUUGAUUUGUAUCCACACUGAUCACAUCUCUCCAAGUGUUUUUGCUUCAUAUAGGCAGUGGCCAUGAUGGGACUGUUCAUUACAUGGAGAAAGGUGUGCCAGACAUUCUAACUGAAAGCAAACAUUUGCUCUUGCAAAUUUUGCAAAGAAUGAAGUUCCAUACAUCUAGAUAUUCCACUACAAGAAAUAUACCUGUAAUUAAGCUUAUUAUAAACAGUGCGCAGAACUCCUAUUUUGUAUUGUUGGUAAAAAUAUUAUGUACCAAAGUGAAAUAUGAGAUCCAGUCACGAAGAAGUACAAAUCAAGAUGCAAGGUUUAUUAGGCUGUAUACAGGAGAGAGGCACACCUGUAGCACAGCGUACUCCAGAAUAUGCGUCUCUGACUUGACACAGAAUCAUCCAGGGUUUAAGUACCCGACAGUAAGAAAUAGAUAAUCACACAGUGACUGUGGCAACGCCAGGAGACAUUCAGUCUACCUUAAUCAAUGACGAAAAUGACUGUUGACGCAGAAUAGACAACAGCAAGUGAUAUCCACUCUGGCGCCUUACAUUAUCAUGUUUAAAAUAACAGUACAGAUAUCACACAGGGUCAUGAUGCAUACGUAGAAUCAUACUUUUAGUGUCAGUAUUUCAUGUUGUGAGCCAUGUGACAGUGACCAAUGGCACAACAAUGGCACAAACUAUGGUCUUAUUGAAGCACCGCCAUUACUUCAACACAGUAUAUAGAAAGGAAACCCAUGAGUGAGAAGACUUCGCUUACAACUGGUUUCAAUUAUUGUGGCUGUCUUUCGAUGAAAACCAGAAAUUUACAGGCAGUUUUUCAGAAGCCUGUUCUAAAAUUCGCCCCAUGUCUUGCCCUGAUUAAAUCAACAGAAAAAAGGGGAUUUCACAAUAGCAAUCAGCUCCAAGGAUCUGAGGUCUCUUUGGGUCAGAGCCGUAACGCUUUGAGUAAUGGACACUCAUAUCACUGUCAGGACGGACCUUGAUUGUCUCUUUGUGCAAAAGCAGUGGGAGUUUCAAGCACACUCGUCACAUUAUUUAUGUGAGGCUUCUGUGUUUUCUGUGGAUCCGAAUAUUUCCUAGAGCUUGUCAGCAUGUAAGGUCUCUGUACAUAUUGCUGCAAUCCAGAUCAGUUUGAGUGUGACCAAUUUC